UGAGUCGGAAUCUAGGAGCAAAAACAGAAGCUCAACUGAGCGCUGCCUGGCCGCGGGGCGCACGUGCGGGCAAAGCAGGGCUCCGCGUCCCCGCUCGAGGGUCGCUAGUGGAGCCGCGCCCGGCCAAUGGGCGCGUGAGAGAAGAGAACAGGGAAAUGGACUGCUACUUGCGUCGCCUAAAACAGGAGCUGAUAUCUAUGAAGGAAGUGGGUGAUGGCUUACAGGAUCAGAUGAACUGCAUGAUGGGGGCGCUGCAAGAACUGAAGCUCCUACAGGUCCAGACGGCCUUGGAACAGCUGGACAUCUCUGGAGGGGGUCCUGUACCAGGCUGCCCUGAAAGCCCCCGGACACAGCCCAAGUGGCCUCAUGGGGAAGGUGGCAGAGAUGUGGCCAGGCCUGGGGGCUGCACCUCCCCUGCCAGCCGUCCUGCUCUCGGCGGCAGCACCAAAUUUACAGGCCACGGGGGUGUCUGUGGGAGGGAUCCCAGCCCCCUGCCCAGGACACAGCUGCCGGAGCACCAAAGCUGCACUCAGCGCGGGCCCGAGUGGGGGGAGCCAGACGACUGGACCUCCACGCUGAUGUCGCGAGGCCGCAAUCGGCAGCCGCUGGUGUUAGGGGACAAUGUUUUUGCGGACCUGGUGGGCAACUGGCUAGACCUGCCAGAACUGGAGAAGGGUGGGGAGAAGGGCGAGACUGGGGGGGCGGGUGAGCCCAAGGCGGGGAAAAGCCAGCCCCGAGAGCUGGGCCGAAGGUUUGCUCUCACUGCAAAUAUCUUUAGGAAAUUCUUGCGCAGUGUGAGGCCUGACCGCGACAGGCUGCUGAAGGAGAAGCCAGGCUGGGUGACGCCCAUGGCCUCAGAGUCCCGGGCUGGACGCUCCCAGAAGGUCAAAAAGUGGAGCCAUUCCAAGGGCUCUGGACGGUGCCCCUUCCCAAGUGCAGGGGAGUCCAGACAGGGGGAAAACCCCCACACAAGUAGCCCUAAGGCCAUGGAGCCCUCACCCUCGGGCUUUGAUAUUAACACAGCUGUCUGGGUCUGAAUCCCAGAGGGAAAGCUGACUGAACCCAAAAGACCAGUCCCUAUGCUGGGCCCCUGGGGAGGAGGGGGGCGGGUGUUCGACUGUCAGAGCCCAAAUCCAAGUUCCUUUCCUUCAGAAUGGAGGGAGAAGCCAGAGUUCGGGGGCACAGAUGACUGGAAAGCAGUUGGGAGAGGCUGUGGGAGAAGGGACGGCUCCUGGAGAAAAAAAAAUGACUGUGUGUCCUGCUCAUAUGGGGGUUGCAGGUGACAGCAGGGAGGAACAGGGGAGAGCAAGACGUCUUCCUGACAUUCCUCCACUGCCCUCAACGCCUUCAAGUGAACACUGCGUGUGGGAAAGGGCACUGGAGCCCCCAAUAAAGACCCAUUUCUGGUGCCCCCAACCUUAGCGCUUCCGCUUCCCAGGCAAAGCGCUGCUGCAGCAGGCAGAGACGGAAGCCCAGCUCCCAAGGUCGGAGCAGCCAGGGGAAAUCCCCACCCCCAGCCUUCCCUGUUCCCCUAGACUUCAGCCCCUGUAGGGUCCUGGGGCGAGCUGAAUAAGGAGGGCAGCACAUGAUGGGUAGCGGGGAGGCUGGGACAUGCCUCCCUGUCCUCUGUGGGGUACAGGCAUACUGCACUGUGCACAUUCAAAAACCUCUUACCUCCCUGUGUUCCUGUAAAUGGGCAAAGGGAGGCAGGCAGCAUCACCUAUGUCACCUGUCCCAGAACACAGCGCUGGCGGGCGGAGUGUGGGGGAGGCAGGCGCCGGAGGGGUGCACGCAGGAGCCUGGAGUUAGACACACCGCCCCUACUCCAGCAGCCAGAAAACCUCUGCCCAACGCCCUACCCAGUCUCUUGCGCCUAACCCCGUCCUAGGGCAGAAGAUGGAAAUUCACCAGCAGGGUAAAGGCAAGCCCUCUAAUCCCUAGUUCCAUUGUUCAGCCCUAGGCGAAGCCCUGGCCUCCUUCAAACUUGGAGUCAGUAGGGUCCAGCUAUAACGCUCCCAAAUGCGCAGCUCCCAAACGCGCAGCCGGUACUCCUAAGGAAGCUGGAGGAGCCUGAGCUCGGAGACCAGCCAGCGGGCUUAGGCCCCACCCGGCCAGGCCCCUUGGGCAGGCAACUCGCCUCAGGGUUGUGCCUUGCCCCUCCCUCUCCCACCCGCUGCCUGAUGGGGGGGGUGUGUGACAGCUGCAAUUAGAGUCUUGAUGCCUUCCCUCCUUACAGCAUUGAGAGCAAACAGAAAAGGGAAAAAACAAGGAAGACUGCCGCCUGCAGCCCAGACUGCCAGGGGUGGAGAUUAGAUUAGAGGGGCAUUAGAGGUCCAGUUGGCGUGGGGGAAGAAAAGCACCGUUUCUGAGCAUUCACUAUCUGACAGGCAACGUGGACGGCUCUUUCAAACUUGGGAUGGGCUGGGGAGAUAGCUCAGUAGAAUAAGCGCUUGCCUGGCAAGCACAAGGUCCUGAGUUCAAUCUCUGGAACUGCAAAUAACCCCCCAAAACAGAAACGAAACAAAAAAACUUGUAAUGAGCCUGGAGGGUACUGUAUCCCAGGUACACUAAGGAAGGCAGGGGUCAUGCAAGCUGCCCGGAGCAGGAGCAGACGCAGGCAGCUGGCACACAAAAGAGCUGAGGUUUGAGUCGGACGGUUACCCAGCUCCCAAAGCCCUGCCCUUCCCUACUUCUCUGCUUCGAGUUUGCCAAAUAUGAACAUGCUUUCUGGAGGUGCCCAUGCUGUGUCUCCCCAGAGAACCCUGGCAGUUCAGGCUCUGGCAUGGGGAGUCAGCUGUGGCUGCCUUUGCUUGUGGCAGUGAUGUGUCUGUGAGCAUAAUGUGACGAAUCCUCGCAGCUCUGCGGGUGUGUGUGUGUGGGGAGGGGACACCAGGCAAAUUCUUCAAGAUAACACCAGCAUUGAGUCUAGGAUGACUCCAGAGGAAACAGCCACCUGCAACUCACCUGUUUCAUGGACUCGUUGGGCAGUAAACAAGUUUAUCGGUAGCCCCCAGUGCCUGGCCUUCUGAGCAGAACUAAGAACAGUGUAAUGAAAAGGACCCACCUCCUGACCUCAAGAGGAUCCAAUAACGAAACUUCAUUACCUUUCACUUGGAAAGAAUCCAACAAAGUGAAGACUCACUGUAACUCGGGCCGAAACAGUGUAGAAGUUACAUUUGCUGCCAACAUAGGUGCCAGGAACCUUGUCACAUCGGUGUUCUUCCAUCCUUCUCACUACACCCCAGAAGCGGUUGCCCUCCUAUUUAACAUGGAGAAGCCCAGCGGAGGUACAGAACAUGUCCAGGGCCACCUAACGGCAGAGCUGGGGUGAAACAUCCCACUGGCUUCCAAUCUUGCAUUCCACCGUACCCUACAAACAGUCCACUUAGCUGCCCAGAGUCAAAUCAAGAAUGCAACCUGCCUUCCCCAUAGGAUCCACCCAAAUGGGUAGCACCUGGCAUGCUGUCAGGUGCUCAAUCAGCCUCGACAGGGCUGAUGCCAUGCCCCAACCAGCAUGCCAAGCUUUGUUAAAGAUUCUGGUGAUUCAUCUAUCCUCCUAUACUUUUAACUUUUCUGCCCCCUUGCGGGCUUCUCCUUCAACAAUGGUGGAGGCCAUUUAUUUUGCUGAAGCUGAGUGCAGAGGUAAAUGGGAAAACUUAGGGCCUAAGGAUGAGAGAACAGGCAGCGGUUUUUAUAGGGAGAUGGUGGACAUGCAUGCGUGCAGAGAAACUGGCAGCUUCCUUCUGCCUCUGGGGCUCAUUUCAUGGUUAAUUAGGACAUGCAAAUGAACUGGAAGCUCAUUUAAUACCUCCAGGCCUGCAGCUCCACCCCAAACCUGGCCCACUUCCCUGGCAGGUAGAGGGGGACCCUGAUUGGUCCGAGUGUCUGCUCAGGGCUCCACUUGCUUCUUUAUGGCCCCAUGGCCAGAGUCUGUAGAUGUUCCCAGCCCCAGCAGAAAACGGGGAAGAGUCCCUGCUGGACACAUUUGGUCUGUCUGGUGUCCUGUUCUUCUUUUUCAACAACCUUUUAUAUCUGAAACCUCUCCCCACCACACACACUUCCCCUGCACCCUACCUCUCAGGGGGAUCUCUGAAAUCAAACCCGUCCUGCGGGACACAAGCCUGGUUAAGCUCUGUCUGCCCCACUGGAUCCUUGCCUGCUCCCCAGAGCCCUGGGGAGUCUUUCCCACAUUACACCACUUCCUGGGCUCCUAGAGAAAAGCAAGGGUCCAGCCUAUCUGGGAAGCAGGGGCUGUCUCUAGCUUCUCCUGGACAGAGCUCCCCACCCAGGGCAGUUAGGGAACUUCUCCCCAUCUUUUGGUAUGAGCAUUGGACAUGGAGUCAGAAAUGAGAUCCAUUUCUGGCAUUGUGUGAACUCCACUGUGCUGGCUGCUGGGAGGUUUCGAGGACACAGUGCACCCAGGAGUAGGUACACUGCCUAGGGUAGGCAAGCUCCAUGGACCCUACUUCCUGCUCCAGCACUCACCAUGAGA